CUUCAUAAAUGUGUGAAUGGAGGUGUCGUGAAAGUCUUGCGUUGUUUGCAGUUGAUGCUUUAUAAGUAACAACAACAAACAAAACUCCUAAAACUUUUAACUUUAUUUUCAGUAACUUAUUUUGUUCAUUGGCAAUGUUGCUAGUUUCCCCCUAAACGGACGCCGACCCGGGCCAGCGGGGACCAGCCGGUCGCCGGUGUCGGAGCGCGCUCGCCGGGGUGAGAAGCCGCCAGGAGUGGGGUCGGAACGGAGCGCCUCACCAAGCAGAGCCCGGCGAAUAGAUGAAACCACCCCCGUAGGAGCUAAGACUGCUGCCAUGAUCACCAUGUUUUUCCCACUGAAGAAACUGCGACGUAAUGGGAAAUAUCUUCUUUUUGGAGCCGUGCUGCUGGGAGCCCUGGCCGUCUACCACGAGAUGAUUGCGGCCAAAGCGUGGACUGAUGGCACCGGCGGUACAAAUCCAGAUGACGGCAGCAGCUGGAAGGCAGCCAUGCACGACCAAAGGGUGAGGCUGGGACAUCCACUUGAGGAGUCUAAUGUAGCUUUGAGCUCAGGAUUUAAACCACAGUCAUGGAGACCACAGUUUAAAGGCCAGGCCAAUUUGCACGUCUUUGAGGACUGGUGCGGCAGCUCCACGGCUGGACUUCGCCAAAACCUGCACUACCCUCUGUACCCACAUUCCAGGACUACAGUGCGCAAGCUGGCUGUGUCCCCUCAGUGGACCAACUACGGGCUCCGCAUCUUUGGUUAUAUACAUCCGUACGCUGAUGGCGAGUUUGUGUUCGCGUUGAGCUCUGACGACAACUCAGAAUUCUGGCUCAGCACGGACGACUCGCCCUCGCACUUGUUGCUUCUCGCAUGGGUAGGAAAGACUGGAUCUGAGUGGACAGCCCCGGGCGAGUUUGAAAAGUACGCCAGUCAGAUCUCCAAACCGACCCGGCUCUCUGCUCAGAGGAGGUAUUUCUUUGAAGUCAUCCACAAGCAGAAUGACAAAGGCAACGACCACGUGGAGGUGGCGUGGAAGCUGCUGGAGGACAAGUUCCGGUUUCUGGUGAUUGACUCCAAGUAUAUUUCCCUCUAUGUCAACGAGUCGGCGUUGCAAAUGAGCGAUGUGGCGCACAUACCGCAGACCUCUGCGAGCCACCGGCGGCCCCCGCCAACCCUGCACAGCGCCGCUGUAGACAUGCUGAAGGAAGACCCGCGAGACGCCCUUCACCGAGUGCCUUUGAUGGAGGAGGAACUCCUCCGAGGCGUUCUGCCCGACUGCUUGUACAAACCCAGCUACACCAUCAAAGACUUUCCACUCACUCGCUACCAAGGGCUGCAGUUUGUGCACAUGUCCUACAUAUAUCCUAACGACUACACUCGCCUGACACACAUGGAGGAAGAGAACAGCUGCUUCUACCCAGAGAACCCCAGCUACAUGAAACUGUUUGGUUUCUCAAGGUACAUGAGACUCGACCCACCGGAGGCGUUUGAGAAGGACGCAACCAGCGAUUACAGCUUCCGAAGAAGGAAGUCGGUUCUGGAAGACGACGACGACUUUUUUGGCAAUGAUGCGUAUCCCAGAGACAAAGCGGCUCGUCGGAGGGACACCAAUCCGUUGUCGGACUACGGCGACGACUAUGACGAUUACGCCUUGAAACGAAGGCGCAAACUUUUCUCUUUGGGCCGAGCCAACGACGCCUCGGAGCGCUCAGCAAAAGUUGGCGUGGAGAGCACGACAGGCAGGGACGUUGCCCAGCCUCUCCCCUUGGCCACCUCCGAAGUGUACAGGCAAGAGAGACCACCAGAUCCGAAAGCCAAGGGGCCGGGUAAAGAAAUAGUGCCACCAAAAGGAAAGCUAAAACCAGCUAAGAGAGUAAAGCCUCAACAAAUCAUUGAAAGGGAGAAGCCGGAAACAGAGAAAAACUACAAAAGCGGGUCUGAUAAAAUGACCGAAAGCCACUUUGGAACUGUCACAAAGGCCGUAGACGUGGUCGGUGAAAGGCUCUCUCUCUUCCAAGAGGCAAACAACAAGGCGUCCUUAUUGGCAACCAAUCCUAGGGACACGAACCGCAGACGGAACUUCAUGGACAAAGAGCUGGAGGUGAACAUGCAUCUACUGCAGGACAUAGAGGACAACAUUCGCAGAGCUAAAGUGUUCGCUGCAGACCAGAAGUGGUCAGGUCUGGAUGUCAAGGGAGGGCGAGUCGAAGAGGAACCUCGCGACCGGGACGAACGCUGGCGAGAGAGCGAGGUGGAUGCUCUGUGGGGACCAGGGGGAGACUUCGAAGGGUUUGACGACGAAGACGUCACCCCGGCGCCGGUGUUUGACGCUGAGGUCGACUGGAGCCAGACCUUCCAGGUCAACCACUUGGACCUGCAGGCCAUGCGCUCCGACUGGAUCGAUCUGCACUGCAACAUCUCGGGAAACCUGCUGCUCCACUCCAGCGACGCGCUGUCCGUAGUCCAGGCUUUUAUGGAGCAGCUCAACGAUAAGCACGAGAAUGGCUUCACACUGGUGCGGGUGGUCAAUGUGGAGAAGCGCGCGGACGGCGUCCAGGGCAGCCGCUACCUGCUGGAGCUGGAGCUGAAAGACGCCAAGGGUCGUCUGCGUCGCCUGUCGCACUACGUCUACGCCCUCAGUCGCCCCCGCACUCGACCCCGCGACAAGGACUUCAGCUUCCAGCGACGGCCCGCGCCUGAAAUCCUGCUCUGCAACCCGCUCGGCUUCAGCUGGAACCCCCUGGCCACGGUCCAUUUCAUAGUGCCAGUGAAAAAUCAGGCCCGUUGGGUGCAGCAGCUGAUCGACGACAUGGCCGACUUGUUCAAGGCGACGGGGGACAGCAAUUUUAAUCUCAUCCUGGUGGACUACAACAGCACCGACAUGGACGUGAGGACGGCUCUGCAGAAGUCAUCUUUGCCCAGGUACCAGUAUAUGAAGCUGAGCGGUAACUUUGAGCGAUCUGCAGGUCUGCAAGCAGGCAUCAACCUUAUAAACGACGACCACAGCAUCGUGUUUCUCUGCGACCUCCACAUCCACUUCCCCCCCUCCAUCAUCGAUUCUAUCCGGAAGCACUGUGUGGAGGGCUUCAUGGCCUUUGCCCCCAUCGUUUUGAGGCUGGACUGUGGGGCCACGCCCUCUGAAGGCAGAGGUUACUGGGAAGUGAAUGGCUUUGGCUUACUGGGAAUCUAUAAGUCUGAUCUGGAGGCCGUGGGAGGAAUGAACACCAAGGAGUUCACCAACCGCUGGGGAGGAGAAGAUUGGGAGCUGCUCGACAGGAUCCUCCAGGGCGGAUUGGAGGUCGAGCGGAUCUUCUUACGCAACUUUUUCCACCAUUAUCACUCCAAACGUGGCAUGUGGAACCGUCGCAUGUCACCCGGACCAAGGUGACCCCCCCCCUCGCCAUCCUAAAACCUUGAGAGCGACCAGAGCACUUUAAAGUUGGAGCGGGAUUACUGACUCCUGCGUCCUUAAUUGUCAUGACUACUGAUCAGACUGGCCACUCCAGAUCCUACGAGCUCGCAGUCAAGGUUGUUGCCAUGGAGAUGGUACUGAUAACAUCAGUGUUGUUUCCACUGGAGGUACUGCUGACUCAACAAGAGAGUACCAAAUAAAGGUAGGGUAUGUUAAUGCGGCUGCCAGGGCCCGGCCUGGUUGAGGACACACCAGUGACGUGCCUUAUGCAUCGCACAUUAGUCUUCACUGGAAAAAAAGAUUGUUUUGAUGUAAAUGUGUGUUUUUGAGCAGUGAAUGUCGUGGUGUAAAUUAAGAAAAACUUAACUUAU